UUCUGUGUGUAUAAUCUAUAUCUCUUCAUUUUGGAGUACUGUGGUUCCCUUCACCAGAUACAAAAAUAGAAAGACUUUAAUAGAAGAAAAGAGAAAAGGGAUGUCGCUGGAGGCGGCUGUUCUCCACCGUAGCUACCAUAAUCACACAACAAUAUUAUCCAUACCAACCUGUAAUGCUUUUUCCAUCUCAAAUAUCCGAACCCCAAUUGUUCUGCAAAGGCCACGGCUUAACAGUAAGAAUAUGCUAAUGGUAUCAGUACCACCUCUAACAUCAUCUUCAACAAGCCGUAUGAGAUUACGGGUUUCAGCAACAUCUCUUUCAGGUUCAUUACCACCACCACUCGAUCUGACAGAAGACAACAUUAGAAAGGUUUUAGUCGAUGCUCGUGUCGAGUUGGCUCAGAUUUUCGACACUUCUGUUGGCAUGACAGGACAAGUUGAACUUGCGGAGUUAGAUGGACCUUUCGUGAAGAUUAGUCUCAAAGGUCGGUUUUGGCACAAACGUAGUACUGUAGUUGCUAGAGUCGGUAAUUAUCUGAAGCAGAGGAUCCCUGAAAUCUUGGAGGUGGAUAUAGAAGAUGAGAAACAGUUGGAUGAUAGUCCUCAAAACUUUUGAGGUAUACUAGCGGCUACUUUUUUUUUUUUUUUUCAGCCACAUUGUCCUUUUAGAAAAUUGUUCUGGCAUUUCCAUGGAUGAGAAUGCAAAAUGGAAGAGCAAUAACAUGUAGAUAUUUUUAUUAAAACAAAAUUCGAAUAAUAAUCGUGCAUCAAUGGAUGACUUGUUUUAUUGACAUAUUGAGAAA